ACAGCAUUAUUUCUGCGGUUUUUUGAACUUCUAUUUGUAAACAAGUAUGGAUCGAUAAUCCUCAAAAAUCUGUGCGUAAAAACGAUUCUUUUUCCUAACUGUUGUGGAGAAUACCUAAAGUUAUUAUCAAAAAGUUAUGGCUGAACAGGACACGGCCUCUGCUGACAAAGAGCUAGCCUCGAACGUGGAAAACCUGAGCCUCGGGCAGGAACAAAAGGUUGAGAAGCAGGAAGUCAAAAAGAUCGAUAUAAUCCUACAUGCAACGGGAAGCGCGCCCAUUCUCAAACAGAAAAAGUGGGCAGUCGAUCAGGAAAAACCCAUCAGCGCGAUCAUCAAAUUCAUUCAUAAAUACUUGAAACUGGAACCGGGUGAGAAACUGUUCCUCUAUAUCAAUCAAACCUUUGCGCCAUCUCCGGAUCAGAUAAUCAAAAAUCUGUACGAAUGCUACGGAGCAAACGGAAAGUUAGUGCUGCACUACGCCAAGAGUCAAGCGUGGGGUUGAAGGUAAUAUUAAUUCCAUUUUGAGUUGCUGUGUUCCACGUUCUUUCAUUAUUGAUAUACUAUUUCUUCUAAGUCAUACCAUUUUAUAGCUUUAAAAAAUAAAAAUACGGCCCAAAAUUCAACAUAAGCAC